GGGGCCAUGAGCUCUGUGCUGUCCACCUUCUUGCAGGAACUCCCAGGCCCGUUCUUAGUCCUGGGGAUCUUCCUGCCCGUGACUCUGCUGCUUCUCCUCCUGAUUGCCUACUUCAGGAUCAAAUUGAUGGCGGUUGAUGAAGAACUGUCUCAGAUUUCUGAUUGCCAAAACAAGUAUGGUUCUUCCCUAUAUAGGCGAAUGAGACGAAGGUGA